AGGUGGUGGUUGUUAUGUGGGCGUGCGGUGCUUUUUCUGUACAUACUCCAGGUGUCUUUUUUCCCUGCUGCUUUCGCUCUCUGAAGCUGUUGAGCGACGUCACAUAAAAACUUCACAAUCACAAUGCGCAGCUCAGACCCAUCCUCUCUUCCAGAAAAGCAUUGAAGCAACUCAUCUAAUCACGGAUAAAGUAUACGAUUUGAACAACAAUGGCUCUCUAAAGCUGCCUUGUAAAACCCCGAAAGAUAAAGCCGCGCACAAAGCUGCUUCUCUUCUGGAGUUUGUCAGUUUUGCACGAGAGCUUCCUGUAAGUUUUUAGUGAAAUGGCAGGGCACGAAUGGAAUGAUUGGUUUGAACGAGAGGAACUAAUCGGACAGAUCAGCGACAUCAGAGUACAGAAUUUACAAGUUGAAAGAGAAACAGUUCAGAAGAGGACAUUUACAAGGUGGAUCAAUUUGCAUUUAGAGAAAUGCAAACCUCCUUUGGAAGUGACAGAUUUAUUUCAGGACGUCCAGGAUGGGAAGAUCCUGAUGAUACUGCUGGAGGAGCUCUCAGGCUGUAAGUUGCUUCAUGAAUUCAAACCAUCGUCGCAUCGCAUUUUUCGGCUCAACAAUAUUGCAAAGGUCUUGAAGUUUUUGGAGGAAAGACAUGUAAAGUUGGUCAGCAUCGAUGCUGCUGAUGUUGCAGAUGGCAAUUCCUCCAUUGUUCUUGGAUUGAUAUGGAACAUUAUUCUUUUCUUUCAGAUCAAAGAACUGACAGGAAAUAUCAAGAAUAGAGUUUUGUCUUCCUCAAGCCUCUCCUCUCUGCAGAACAGCACAGAUUCAGAUACAUCACACCCCAGCACACCAACUGAGGAAAGGCUCUUGUCAGUGUCACUGAAGGGUCAAAGGAGAGCCAUUAAGACACUUCUGCAAUGGGUACAGAGACGCACAAGGAAGUAUGGAGUGGCUGUUCAAGAUUUUGGAAAAAGUUGGAAGAGUGGCCUAGCUUUCCUGGCCAUUAUUAAAGCAAUUGACCCCAGCUUGGUAGACAUAAAGAAGGGUCUGGAGAAUACUGCUGGGGAAAACCUAGAGGAUGCCUUCAGAAUUGCAUACUAUAACCUGGGCAUUCCUAGACUUUUAGAACCAGAAGAUAUUACCAUUGCUUCUCCUGAUGAACAGUCCAUUAUGACUUAUGUCUCUCAGUUUCUUGAACAUUUUCCUGAGCUUGAGGAGGAUGAAGUAUCAGACGUUAUUGAAAAAUCUGUUUCUCCAGUUAAGGAUAAUUCUCCAGUAAAUGGGCUUCAUCAGAAUGGAGAUCAGCCUUACGUUGCGAGAAAUGACUGGGUACAGCCCCCACCAAAGAUCUUCAUUUCCUCUGUACGAGAUAAGCCUGAACAAAUGUCACCUCCUGCGUACGAGACUCUAAAUGAUAGACAUAACCAGCCUUGGAACAGUGAAGAAGACUCUUCAGACUCCAUCUCAAGUCACACGGAGCCAACUGCUUAUCCACAGCUGCCAUUAGAACUGAGAGUGGGAGUAUCUUGUGUGGUUCAAAGUGCAAAUUCUGCCCAACCAUCUUUUGUCGGAGAUACACCUGAUUCUUUGUAUGAGUUUAUAAGUGAAGAAUUUGAUGGAAAGAUCCAGGAAAACGAAAAUCGCAGCCAGUUGAAUGGUAGUCAGUUGCCAGUUGUUCAGAAAGGGGAGUUGCUCAUCAAUGGGGAAUUAGUAGAAACUGAUAAAGAUACUGAGGAACCUGGUAGAACCUCUCCAUUACAGGGACAUGCCAGGGAAGAUUACAUUUUUGAAGACCUUUUCAUAGAUGAGAGUACUUUUUCUGAAAUAUCUGAAGCUAGCUUUAAGGUGAAAUCUAAAUUACCUUCAGAGGAAGAAGAUGCUUACAAAUACAUUUUGGAUCUUCCUGAACAAGAAAAUGCCCAGGAGGUGUCCUCAGAACUCUCUGGUGAAGAGGAGAAGGUAGCCACAGUCAAAAAGGCACCUAAUACAUCAGAGUCCGCUUUAGAAAAAAGUGAACCACACAAUGCUUUAGAAGAGAUCUCUACAGUAGAACACAGAUCUAAUGCACUGACAAUACCAUCCAAAUGCAACGAUGCUCCAUCAGAAGAGAAUCCAGAAGCAAUGCAAAAGAUUGAUUCCAUUGCACUUGAAAGUAAGCCUGCUUCUGAAGAGCCUUCUGAUAAGAAACUGUGUCCAGUUAAUGGUAGUCAAGCACAGGGUGUAAGCCAAAGUCCUGUUUCAGUAACACCUUUACAUCUUGUCUACUACCCUCACUACAAUGUGGCCAUUUCAGACAUCAUUGAAGCAUUCUCCCCGCCAGUCACUGAAGGUACAGAACAUCUCCAAGUUACAAGUUCAUCAUGGGAUGUAGUUUCUAAUGUUAAGGGAGAUAUACAGCCAUGCUCUGAGCUUCAAGGUAACACAUCGCAAGCUGUACCUUCUGCUACAUUGAAUCAAAUGAAUGGAGGAAAUCAGGAAUAUUUGGAGGAUUCCACUAAAGUUGAAGAAAACACAGCGAUGUUGAGUUAUUCAGAUGCUCAGGUUAUAACAAGAACUGACCAAGGUGUAGAUCAAGAGAGUUCUUUUAAUUCUUCAUCCAGACAUAUUCACGAAGAACAAGUUGAGGAGUUAGUGCUUGAAGAGGGUGAGGAGGAGCAAAGUGUACAGCUGAAUGCAAAGCCAGAGAUAAAGGGGAAUCUUGAGGUUGUGGAGCACCUGGUUGAAGGCAUGAUGCCAACAGUCAAAGAAACAGAUUUGGGUGAAGAAUGCAAUGAUAUCAAGGAUGGCAGAGAGUCAUCUGAUAGCAAGAGUGGAAUCUCAGUUCUAACAGAAGGACGUAAUGAUGACUUGGAAAACACAGAGCACACAGAAAUCAUAAGGAGGAACAAUGUACACUCUGAAGACUCAAUAACCGAGAUCCACAUUUGCCCCAAGUUGUCCCAUAGGAAACAGACAAUGAGUAACCAGAUGAAGGAAAAUGGAAGUGAAAAUGACCAUCUUAUCAGUUCUAAUAUCAGUGGAGAAUACCAAGGUCAGGAGAGCUCAGCAGUUAAAGCAGCAAGGAAUUCCGAAGACCCCAGCAAUGGAACCACUCCAGGGAUUUACCUGCUUAUAUUCCUUUGGAUCCUGGUUUACUGUCUUAUCAUUAUUCCACAGUUGAACUAUGAUUGACUCUUUUUAAUGUGCUACUGAUGUCAGUUGGCGUGGGAUAAUGUAAACAUCUCUUUAGUUGAGAUACUCAGUAUACUUUCUCAGCAGAACAUGCUACUAAAUUAGACAAAGACUGUCAGUACCUUUCAUUUUCCAUAUUCUUGCACAUGUUUUUAAAAUCUGGCUUUAAAACAGGUUUAUAUAACUCUGGGAGCGGUUUAGGGUUACAGCAGCUUUUUCUUUUUAUAAAGCACAAGAAUGCUUUGGAAGAUUAAAAGUAAUCCCUAAUUGUUAAUUUGGGUUUUCUGAUAUCAUUAUGAUUUUAGUAGCUGAUUCCCCUGACCAGUAUAUAUAAAACAAUAUAACAAUUCCACAUGAAUCGUGUAAUCCCUGCAGUGUGUUUAGACUGCCAUUAUAAACAACUGCAAUUUAUGAGUUGUAAUAUCAACCUCAGUUUUCAUGUUAAAUUGAUGUUAUGUUUUGACUAUUAUUUGUGUACUAUAAAUAUGUAGUGGAACAUUUUUAAAAGAAGCUGAACUUUGAAUUUGAAAGCAUCGUUCCACGUGCAAAGUUGCGCUUUGAUAGCAGUAAAUUGCCAAAGAUAUUAAGGCUGGGCCUUUGCUUUUUCUUAAAACUAUUUAUGAUGAAUUCACUUUAUUCUACUCAGCUUCAUGAUUUUAGCCAUGACUUAAAAAGCACAGGUACAUAUUUAUGAAAUUGUCUCCUGGAGUAUAUUAUUAAUGUUGAAGUUCAGAAAGACAUUCAUACAAGUUUAAAUGUUUGCUGUCAUAUUCUUACAUACCCAAAGCUUUGAAAAACAAAUAAUACAUGCAAAAUAAAACUCUUUGUUAUAUUGUAAUAUUGUAUAUUUCAAUAAGGAUGUCUGUUUUAAAUGUAUUAGUGGAUUAUGUCAUAUGCUUAAUGGAAUCAUUGAACAGCGCAAGCAAUGUAUAAGUUUGUAAUGUAGUAAAUACAGGUACUUUGUCGAUCAUGACUUUGCAGAUCAUGAAGGUUCAAGGCUUGCUGAUUUUUUUUCUUUUUUUAAUUUACCGGCAGGCAUUUUUUAAAAUUAUUAUUAUUUUAUUUAUUAUUUUAUACCAAUCAUAUAUAUACAUGAAUUGAUACAAGGUCCACUGGAAAUGGUUUCAGGGCUUUCCAUCAGUUGCUAAUUGACAAAUAUUAGUCACUAUUCUUUCAACACUAUAGCCAAUGUCAGCAUUGCUACCCAGUACUUUACUCAAGGACUGCCAUUUACACUGGAAUUAUAAAUAGUGUAAACCUGUUCAGCCACUUAAUCAUGAUAUCUGGUAAACGAUAACCUUCUGUAAAUCACAAUGGCCUGAGUUCACUAACAAUGUACAUAUUUUCAAAGUUAAGACUCAGGAAAAACAAGGGUACUACAAGGGUCUUAAAUGAAUGCACUAGGGUAUAUUUUAAUGAUCUACAGUACAGAUCUUAACCUUGUCACCCUAAAACUUCCUUUUAUUUCAAUGCAUCUUUUUAGUGUAAAAAUGGUGCUGAUGUGGGUAAAACACCAGCAGAACUACAGAGAUACCAGUUUACUUGAUUUAAAAAUGAUGUUUCACUGAUCCAAGUUUAGUGACAACUGUUCUACAAAGAGGUCAAAUUAAAUACUGUAGAAGAGAACGGAACACAUUUACUAUUUGCCUGCCAGUGCUGUUUCUUGGUUUAUUCUGUGUAUGCACAACAGUACAAGUUGUCUGUGCCCCUGCAACGAGAAGCAGAUUUAAAGAAAGCUCACAAUGUAAUCAGGUUGAGGUUACUCAAGAGAAAGGUCUAAUCUAGUAUAAGGAUAAUGCUGAAUUAUCCAUUCUAUUUGUCCAGGGUAUGUUCGCUUAUCCUGUUGUACGUACAAGGUCAGUUCAGGGUUAUUGAGUUGGGCUGGCAUGAAAGGCUACUUUAAAAAAUGUUUGUCAAAAGUGAGAGGGCUGAACAAUGGUUACAGGGUUAUUGGCAGUGAUUGGGUAACAGUACUGAUUACAAAUCGUUUUAGUUCAACUGGUGUAGUUCUGUUUUAAAAUGAAUACAUUUUAAAUUAUUAACAAUAUAUUACAAAUAUUAGACAUUUCAGCAUCCAAUUGUGUCAUACUGUUUACCAACAUUGCCAAUGAUCUUGGAAGUAAUUACCUGUUUGUUAAAGAGGCUUUUCUUGAAAUAAACUGUUUCAUAAAUGUUAAAUAAAACAUCAUUA